AUGAUGGAUGCUCGCAAGAGCCAGCGCAAGUCGAAGCGGGUGAACCCCAAGUCCACCAUGGCGUCUAUCAUAGCCGCGCACCGCGCCGAGGCGCAGAAGGCGACGGGAGAGCUCGACAAGGACAACCCCUACGCCCCACCCCUGAUCUUUCUCCUCAGGACGGAUGAUACGAAGAGGCAAGCAGCUCGGCGGCAGGAGCAGCUGGACGCCCAGCUCGACGCUCUCGGCGCCUUCGGCGAAUUCCGUGUGUGUGUGCUUGACAACCUCCAGUCCCGCCACUGGACGCGCUACAUAGACUCGGCAACUGCGCCACAGAGGCCCGCACCUGACCCCGCUGAGAGCCCCUCCUCGGGUGGGGCUCUGGGUACCGUGUCUAUGGCAGCGACGGCGGUCCGAGGAGCUACUGACCCCGUGGUCGUGCCCGCCAGUGGCGCUGUCGCUGCGCCUCCUCGUAUAUCAGCCGGAGGAGCAGCGGAGGGCGCCACAGAAGCCUCCAAAGUGACUGACGACGUGGGGGGUAAGGACGAAGAAGAAUGGGAAGAGGUGGAGGUGGUUGUCGAGGAGGAUGAGGAAGACGUCGAACAGGGCGACAGCGGUAGCAGUGGAACAUACAGCGCUGCUGACGGUAAUGGUCUCGACUCCGUCCACCCUUGGAAAACAGCCGCCCACGUAGGUAACGCGGCGGCGCUGCCCAUGCCAACCAAAGCAGCACUCACCGAAGCGCCGGUGGAGCAGAAAAAUCCUGCAAUGCCAUCGACAGCGAAGAGGAGCGUCAACACAGUUUGGGCUCACGUGAAGAGCAAAACCCAGGCUGCUGGCAGCGCGGCCAGUGCUACAGGUCGGGUAACCACUGCAGAGGUCUCGCUGGGAGCGCACGACAACGUGGGCGAAGAAGGCGCAGUGGAUUUGGACGACGACGACGCUGCUGUCAGUGCAGCAGCGUCGGUUGGGCCAAAUCAUGUUUGGAAGACUGUGAAGGAGCAGCAAGGUCUGCCCGACAACCCAGACAAAGCGGAUGACGUCGACAUCCCUGACGCACUACGAUGGAGCGCCUCUGAGAAGAACGACUGUGGUAGAGUAUUCCCCGCCACAGCUCACGAAUUUACAGCAGCGGAAUCAGCUGCUAAAGCAGCUCCACUGAGGCGCCCUACAGACGCAGAGGUUCUCGCCUCUCUAGAAGAGUUGGAAGAGUUCGACAUCGACGGCCACUUAGGUGAAAACACGAAUGCAAGUACGCCGAUGGGAACGACUGUACCGGCACCGGCUGCUGACACACCCGAAGUUGGGAGCAUCUCAGCAAGAAAAGCCGCCGAGUCAUCAGCAGAAGAACAUGUUGUGACUGUAGCCGUGUCCGUCGAUGGCAGUACAGCGGCAGCUGAGGAAGUGGAACUGAAGGGGGCUGAGGAGACAGCGGGGAAAGGGUGCGCCAGACUCUAUUCCAGUAGCCUGGAGACACCAGUCACCCCGUCCAGAUCCCUCACGGAGGAGGAGGAGGAUGAAGCAGUAUGUGUAGUAGGAGCAGCAGACGUUGGGCCGACCUCGGCUACCUCCAACGGCGACAGUGUGACCACCAAAGCGAGGGAGAAGGACUCAGGUGAAGAGGUAGUAGCGACCACAGCUGCCGAAGACAAUACGAGCUCAGCGGCUCUCACUGUCGCUGCGCCUCCGCCCCACAUGCCACCGCUGAAGCCGUCGAUUACCAUGCCAGUGUACCCACAAGUACCAUCACGGCUGUACUACGGGGCGAAGACGGUGUACCUCUCCGACCGCGCCUACAUUGAGUUGCCUGCUACUGCAAACGUACUCGUGAUUGACCACCUCGAGUGGGACGAUGCUCACCUGAACGCGAUUGAUGCAGCGCUGGAGAAGGUUGACCCAGUCGCCGGGCACGUGCUGCUCUACCUUGAUGCCUACGCGCCGCAGAGCGAGCACGUGAUGGGGGAUAUGAACGCGUACCGCCGCUCCCUCCUGCCCUUUAUUUUCGUCUUCCGCACCGGGCUCUCCACGGAAGCCGCGAUGGGGGUGCAACGUCGCCUCACCAACGCCCUGCAUGUGCGCCCUGCGCUGAACAACACCGCGCAGCAGGCCUUGUUGGCUGGACAAAACGAUCGCACGACCGUUUGUGUGCUCAGCGCCGCGGAGAGCGAGAGAGGUGGCGAGAACCCGAUGCUGGCACCGGAGCCACGUAGGGCGACUCCAGCAUCACCGAAGCCUUUGUCUGUGGAACAAGCUCCAGCACGUAUGGCCACGGCAGCGAAGGUUGCAGUAGAACCCCGGCGCGCAGUCAAUGCGCCGAUCCACGAGAGCAGCACUGCCGUGGCGGCGUCGGUGUCAGGCUUACCUCGCACAUCUCCAGCGGUGGUGGAAGGAAAGACAGGGCGAGUGCGUAAUGGAAACACUGCAGAUGAUGCCGUACAGCGCCUGUGUGACCUCCUGAACAACGUCUCUUUCAGCGCCUCCUCUGCGCAAGAGCCGGCGGAGGCAGCAACAGCAGCACCGAGUUUGCAAGUGGAGGCUCAGCGAAGCCACCAUGGCGGCCGUAGUGGAGAUAGUGAGACGGCGGCGGACGUGCCCGUGCCCCAGCACACCCCCAUGCCAGGCGCUUCUUCUGUGCGAGGGAGCGCUGAUCAGGCAGGACGCGCGUAUAUCUGCCCUGUAGAGAUAGCAACUACAAGAAUAACUAGCACCAGUGAUACAGGAGAAGCCAACAAGGCGCACGUUGCUGACAACACUGUCGCAGCCGACGCUACACCCUCACGUCCACCUCGACUCGCGUAUGCACCAAGUCUUCUGAGCCCUGAAGUAGCUACCCCGCUCUUCAACGCAAGCACGACAACAGAUAAAGCUGGUGGCACAGGCUCUGCGCACCGCGAGUUUCCGGCGACGACGCUGCCGGCCGAGUCGGCCGAAGUACACGGAAAUGCCGCCAUGAUCAAGCGCGGCCUCUUCAACUUUGGCGCCAUCGCUUUUGGCAAAGACAACGGCUACUACGCAGCGGCGGCGACGCGACGUCGACAAGCCUCUGGUUUACGAUGGGGCAUGACGGACGCCGACGACGAAAUCGACGACAAUCACAAUGCGGCGGACGCGGUAGACGGCGCGGUGACGAGCUCAGCCCUCGGCAAUGUCAGUGACUUGGGCCUUUACCCCGUAAGCGAGCGUGCAGCGCGCAGCAACAGUGGAAGCAGCGGCGGUAGUGCGUUCACUGAUGAAGAGAUCGCCAAGAUCGAGGAGGAGAUCAUACUCGCACAGCUUAGGAAAAUGGAGAAAAAGGAGCAGCGCAGCGAGGCGCGCAGGGCGAUGCGGGCGAAGGCCAGUGAAGCCAAGGCACACGUUUCCUACAAGCCUGCAGCAUCGCCAUCGUCAUCGUCGCCUCCUGUCUCGUCCGUGUGCUCCACUACCAAGCGCUCGCGCGCAUGGAAGCAGCAGUGGCACCGCAGUCGCAGCGCCCCCGACUCUUCUAAAGUAGCCGCCACAGUGCGGGAGCAGGAGCACGCCGAGGACAGGCUUCUGGAGGACUUCGUCAGUAGCCUGCUUGUCAACAACAGCCGCAGCAACGCGUCCAAGGCAAAAAGGGGGAAGGGGUCCAUUUCGUCCACACCAUCUCCAGUAGUGGUGCGCUCCGCCCGCCGCACGCUAGCCACAGCGGCAUCUUCGGCCCGAAAAGGAAGUAAGAAUUAA